UUUGAAAAUGAGAAGGAAAGAGAACAGUCCUGAAGAAAGGAGAGGCACUGAAUGAAUGUUUGAGAAAGCUGGGCCGCCUCUAGGAAACGGAACCACACCGUUAGAACUCCUUUUUGCCUGCAAUGAGUCCUGGAUUCAUAGCCACGACUAAAGGAAGCUGUGUCAGAGCUUUGUUGCUUUUGGGGAUGACCAGUGUGUUAGCUCGCUUCAGAGAGGAGGGAAACACUAAAAAGGAGAAGUGGUGCUGACUGGUGGGACCAAGAUCUGCAGUCCAUCUGGAUUUAAACCAGGAACCUCUCUGACCUUUCUGUGGAGAGGGAGAGGAAUUCUUUGGAAACCUAAAGACCUUAUUUCAACUUUGGACUCAGAGCUGAAGCCAUGUGUCAUGUUAUUGUAACAUGCCGCUCCAUGCUGUGGACCCUGCUCAGCAUCGUGGUGGCCUUUGCGGAGCUGGUCGCCUUCAUGAGCCCCGAAUGGCUCCUGAGACCCCCUCUGCCUGAGAACGGUGUGACACAGACGAAAGUGAAUGACAGGGAGUCCCUCGGCCUCUACAACCGCUGCUACCGAAUCAAGGGAGAGAUCAGCUGUGGGAUUUACGCACGGGCAUUCGGGGAAGUGGCCAGUAAAUUCUGGCAGGCCGCCAUGUUGUUUCUGGCAGCCGGGAUGCUGGUGCUCGGGUGUGUGGCCUGCAUCUCCAUCUUCACGCUGUGCUUUCAGAGCAUCAAGAAGAAGAGCAUAUUCAACAUCUGUGGACUGCUCCAGGCUAUUGGAGGUCUGCUGCUAAUAGUGGGGCUGAUGCUGUAUCCCACAGGCUGGGGGUCAGAGAAGGUGGCGUCCUUCUGCGGCUUGGAGGCCUCGCCCUUCAGGCCGGCUGGUUGCUCCCUCGGCUGGGCGUUCUACACAGCGAUAGGAGGAACGCUGGGAACUUUCCUGUGCUCUGUCCUGUCCGCGCAGGCCGAGAUCGCCACUUCCAGCGAUAAGGUUCAGGAGGAAAUCGAGGAGGGGAAAAGCCUUAUCUGCCUGUUGUGAGCCUCAAGGAAGCUCCAGGAAGAGCAGGAAAUCCCCUUUGGUAGAAUAUUUAGGAUGUGCACACUUGUACAAAAGAAUAAAAGGAAGACAAGGACUUCCCUGAGGGUUUUUCCUUUCUAGAUGGCCCAGAUAAAAGAGUGUUAAAAGGAAAACAACCUGUGAAAAGUGGGGAAAUUAAUUUUUUUCUAUAUUAUUAGGUUACAUUUUAAAAAGUAUUCUAGUACAGGAGGUAAUGGAUGAACAUUCUUUUUACAAAAAUACUUUUUUAUUUUUAUAGAAAGCCUUACCUACAAGAAACCACUAGAUUGGAAAAGGAGAAAAUUAAAGAAUGGUUGUGUUACUCUAAAGGCAACUAUUACAGAUGUUCAUAUUGUUAAACAACAAACCACAAGCAGAUUAUGAUUAUUAUUAGCUAUUAAAAAGAAACAAUUCACUUUAUUUUUCUUAACCAGGGAUGUUUAACUGAGAUCCUAUGUCUCUUCUGCCAGGAAGUUCUAUUUUAGAUUAUUAGGAAAACAAUACUUAACAACAGCUGGCAAAAGAAUUUCUUAGGAUUUGACCUGUUCAUUUGUUUUAUAUGUUCAUUUGCUUUACAUAACUCAUGUUGUCCUCUGUAAAGCAAAAUGUAUGAAUUCUCAGCAGAAUGGCAACUGACAGUUUCUGCAGAAUAAGCUUCACUUACCAAAUGUUUACUUCUAUGUAUUCAACUUUUGAUACAUAAAUGCAUCAUUUUGGUCUCCUUUCAGUCUCCUAUGCUUGGAGAGGAUGCCUCUUUCACGUCUUAGUACUUUCGGAGUACUCCUGUAUUAAAUAGCACCUUUUAUUGCAUUUUGCACUCUUUAGCUCAUUUCAUAAAGCUGCAGACUUCAUUAAAGUGUUUUAGAUCUGUUUUUCUCUAUUCCACGCUCCAGAUUUUACUGUAAUUCUAGUUAUUAAUCUUUUGCUGUGCUUUUAUAAAUUCAAUGUGUGUCUGAUGUGCAAUAAAAGUAUUUUACUGACUGAUUGGGCUGAAUGAAAUUAAAAGUGAAAUUAACUUGCUUCAAAGAGAAUCUUUAGUCAGUGUUCCUUGUGAUUUCUUUUUUGUUACAUUGACAAAAAACCAGAAAGUGUGACGUAACAUUAGAGUGGUGUAUGAAGAGAUCAUUUGUGCCUACAUUUUGUUUCUUUUGUAAAAAUAAAAAUUGAAAGCAGGUUACCCGCAA